GCAGAGCGGCGCUGCCUGGGCGGGGCCGGGGGCACAGAAGAGCCCGCCUGAGGCGGGGCGUUGGGGCUGCCAGGCAGCCGGGGCCAGCCAUGGCCUUUACCAAUUACAGCAGCCUGAACCGGGCCCAGCUGACCUUCGAGUACCUGCAUACCAACUCAACCACUCAUGAGUUCUUGUUUGGUGCCCUUGCUGAGCUUGUAGAUAAUGCCAGAGAUGCUGAUGCCACGAGAAUAGAUAUUUACACAGAACGGCGAGAGGACCUGCGAGGUCAAUUCAUGUUAUGUUUUUUGGAUGAUGGAGCAGGAAUGGAUUCAAGUGAUGCCGCAAGUGUGAUUCAGUUUGGUAAAUCGGCCAAACGAUCACCAGAGUCGACUCAAAUUGGGCAGUAUGGGAACGGCUUGAAAUCGGGUUCCAUGCGGAUUGGGAAGGAUUUUAUCCUGUUCACUAAGAAAGACACCACCAUGACCUGCCUCUUCCUGUCACGCACAUUUCACGAGGAAGAAGGCAUUGAUGAGGUGAUUGUCCCACUGCCCACCUGGAACACACGUACCCGGGAGCCCAUGACAGACAAUAUGGAAAAAUUUGCGAUUGAGACUGAGCUCAUUUACAAGUAUUCUCCCUUCAAGUCAGAGCAAGAGGUGAUGGAGCAGUUUAAGAAAAUCCCUGGGGAGAAGGGCACCUUAGUGAUUAUCUUUAAUCUCAAACUGAUGGAUAAUGGGGAGCCAGAGCUGGAUGUGACCUCCGACCCCCGAGAUAUCCAGAUGGCAGAAACCCCCCCUGAAGGAACGAAGCCAGAGCGUCGCUCCUUCCGUGCCUAUGCUGCUGUCCUUUAUAUUGAUCCCAGAAUGAGGAUCUUCAUCCACGGACACAAAGUGCAAACCAAGCGACUUUCCUGCUGCCUCUACAAGCCCAGGAUGUAUAAAUACACUUCAAACCGCUUCAAGACCCGUGCGGAGCAGGAGGUGAAGAAAGCGGAGCACAUGGCUCGGAUAGCGGAGGAGAAGGCUCGAGAGGCAGAGAGUAAAGCCCGUGCACUUGAACUUCGCCUGGGCGGGGAUCUCACACGAGACUCCAGGGUGACUCUACGGCAAGUCCAGAACACAGCCAUAACCAUGCGUAGAGAGGCUGAUGUCAAGCGGCGGAUCAAGGAGGCAAAGCAGCGGGCACUGAAGGAGCCUAAAGAGUUGAAUUUCAUCUUCGGGGUGAAUAUCGAACAGCGGGAUUUGGAUGGCAUGUUCAUCUAUAACUGCAGUCGGCUGAUUAAGAUGUAUGAGAAGGUUGGCCCACAGUUGGAGGGUGGCAUGGCAUGUGGUGGAGUGGUAGGAGUGGUGGACAUACCCUACUUGGUUCUGGAGCCUACUCACAAUAAACAGGACUUCGCAGAUGCUAAAGAGUAUCGACACUUGCUGAGGGCGAUGGGGGAGCACUUGGCUCAGUACUGGAAGGAUGUUGCUAUUGCCCAGAGAGGUAUAAUCAAGUUUUGGGAUGAAUUUGGCUAUUUAUCAGCAAACUGGAACCAGCCUCCCUCCAGUGACCUGCGCUACAAACGCCGCCGAGCCAUGGAGAUCCCCACCACAAUUCAGUGCGAUAUGUGUUUGAAAUGGCGGACCCUCCCAUUCCAGCUGAGCUCCGUGGAGAAGGAAUACCCGGAUACUUGGGUGUGCUCCAUGAACCCUGACCCUGAGCAGGAUAAGUGUGAAGCUUCAGAGCAGAAGCAAAAGGUACCCCUGGGAACACUGAAAAAGGACUUCAGAUCACAAGAGGAGAAGCAGAAGCAGCUGACGGAGAAAAUUCGCCAGCAGCAGGAGAAACUGGAGGCUCUGCAGAAAACUACUCCAAUCCGGUCCCAAGCUGACCUGAAGAAAUUGCCUCUGGAAGUGACCACCCGGCCUAUCGUGGAGGACUCCCAAUCACUGAGCAGACCUCAACGCCCGCGAUCUCCUCCUUUACCCGAUGUAAUUAAAAAUGCUCCCAGCAGGCCGCCGCCGCCUCCCCCCAAGUCCAUCAGCCAACUGCGAAAGGCUCCCCUGGCUCGGCCAGCCAUCAACACCCCCAAACUGGCAAGUGUGCUAUCCAGGGAGGAAGCUAGUACUUCCAGGACACAGCAGCAGAUUGUGACUGUGGGAAAGUCAAACAGCACAGUUGUCAGGACUCCUGCCAAACCCAUCCAUGUGGGGAGGCCACCCCCCAUGCUUCUGCAGAACUCCAUGAGCCAGCGCGAGACUCCUAGCCCCAAAAUUAUAAAGACGCCGGUGCUGAAAAAACCUGUAGCACUCAAACCUCCCCAGCAGACCUCCAGCAUCCGCAAGAGGACCAUGGAGGAUGGAGCUGAGGAGGAAGUGGAGCAGAAGAAGGAGAAAACGAAACGGGGCAAAUUUGUGGUAGUGAAAGAGGAGAAGAAGGACUCAAACGAGGUGGUGGUUGAGCUCACAGACAGUGCAGGGGAGGAGGAGCUAGCAGAUCUGAAAAGAGCCCAAAAAGACAAAGGGCUGCAUGUGGAGGUACGAGUGAACAAGGAAUGGUUCACAGGCCGUGUCACGGCUGUGGAGAUGGGCAAGCAUGCCAUACGCUGGAAGGUGAAAUUCGAUUACGUACCUACAGACACCACACCAAGAGAUCGCUGGGUAGAGAAGGGCAGUGAGGAUGUACGGUUGAUGAAGCCUCCCUCUCCAGAGCAUCAGAGUCCAGACACACAGCAGGAAGAAGAGGAGGUUGUAGCUGAGCCUUCUACCUCAGACUGUGCCCGAAUUGAGCCAGACACCACCGGUCCCAGCAGCAACCAGGAGACUGUGGAUUUGCUAGUCCAGACACUCCGGAAUUGUUUGCGGUACUUCUUACCUCCAAAUUUCCCCAUCUCCAAGAAGGAGCUGAGUUCCAUGAGUUCAGAAGAAUUGAUGGCUUUUCCUCUGAAAGAAUAUUUCAAACAGUACGAGAUGGGUCUGCAGAACUUGUGCAAUUCCUAUCAGACUCGUGCUGACGCCCGGGCCAAAGUCUGUGAGGAAAACCUCCGCAGCUCAGAGAGAAAACUUAAGGAGACAGAGGAGAAACUGCAGAAGCUGAGGACUAAUAUUGUGGCACUUCUGCAGAAAGUGCAGGAGGACAUCGAUAUUAAUACUGAUGAUGAGCUGGAUGCAUAUAUUGAGGAUCUGAUCACCAAGGGAGACUGAGCAGUCCAGACUCAGCACUGGCGAGCAGCAUGGAGGAGUUGGUCCCUGUGAUCUCUGAGAUGUGGAUUCCUGCAGUGGAGGGGACCCGAGCAGCGCAUGAAAGGGGAGGGCCAUUAGACUGUGUAUUAUAUUGAUGUGUCGGUGUACAAGCUGUUCUUGUGAUUUUACAUGCAAAAGACAUUGGUGCUGUUGACAGGACAGUUUUUAACAUUGUAGUUCUUCAACUCUCUUCCCUUUGUUUAUAAAUAUUUAUUUUUUAAAAGAAACAGGAACUGUGCCUGGUAUGAUGGGAGGUCAGCUAUGUUGUGGGUGUUUGGUUUUUUUAGUACAGUAAAAAUGCAAGAACCUUUUUCCUUUUGGGGUAUGCUGGAGAUCUAUGCCCAGUUCUUGGCACUAGAACAUCCUCUCCAGCACCUUGUAGCUGAUACCUCUUCAGAUAAAGAAGGGAAAAAUCUAGCAACAACUUAAUGGAAAAACCUACUCUGAGGCCUCGAGGGACUGAGCAGAAGCUGGAUGGGACCUGGACCUCAGGACUAUGGUAACUGGGCCAAAGGAGGCUCAGAGCUGGGGCUUCUACCUACACCAAGGGAUCGGUGCACACAUUCUCCAUUGAGGGAGUGGGGUUUGAACCUUAAGGACUCUGUAGCUGAGCAUGGUUGUGAGGUUUUCAAAGCCCUCAUUACACAGCCAUAGCAUCAAACAUGGGGAAUGGGGCUCUGUUAGCAGGCCCAGGAAGCUUAGCUUUAAUGGGUGGGGGUGGAAGAGGUUCAUAGUGAUGGGACUGAGCCUGCUGGGCUUCUGGUACCUUGUGAUUUCUAAGGGCAGGGAAGUGCGAAGGUUGGAGUGCAAGGUUCCUACUACUUCUGCGGCCCCCUAUUGCACGUUCGUCACCAGUGCUGCCAUUGUGUGAGAUGUGAGUUGCAAGGGGCAGAUGGACUCCCUGACCAGCUCAAAAUAAAGCUGAUCCUUGUUCUAA